AUGAGACUCAACGUUCUUCCCGCUACUCUAGCCUUUGGCUUGGUCACUGCUAGAGCUCACUAUCACCAACAUGAUGCCGUCAAUGAUACUGAAGGUGUUUGGAUAGCACCUACAGAUACCGACUUCCGCGGUCCAUGUCCCAUGAUGAACACCCUAGCAAAUCAUGGGUUUCUUCCCCGCGAUGGCAGGAAUCUCACGGAAUACAACGUUGUCAAGGGUCUCAACGAUGGUCUCAACUUCAACAAAUCUCUCGCAACAAUCAUGUUUCAACAAGCCAUACCAGUUAGCCCAGCUUACCCCAAUACCACCUCCUUCACUCUCGACGAUCUGAACCGCCACAACGUCCUCGAACACGACGGAAGUAUAAGUCGUUCCGACGCCUACUUCGGCAACAACCACAUUUUCAACCAAACCAUCUUCGACACCACAAAAGUCUACUGGCCCUCCGAGGUCCUCACCGCUCAACAUCUCGUCGACGGUAAACUCUUCCGACAAAUCGUUUCUCGCUCCACCAAUCCCAACUUCACAUUCACCUCCACCGUGGAAGCAUUCAGUCUUGGAGAGAUGGCUGCGCCAAUUGUCGCUUUUGGUGAUAAAUUUGCGGUUACAGCGAAUAGAACUUUGGUUGAGAGUUGGAUUGAAAAUGAAAAAUUGCCUACUGAAUUGGGAUGGAGUAAACCAGCCGAGGAGGUUACUUUGGAUGAUAUCUCAUACGUGACGCAGUAUCUUGGCAACCUUACUACGGUUCAGAGCGAUAUUGUUCUUACACCAAGAGAUCAGACUACUAGUGCCCAUGCUAAACGUAUGGGUCAUUGGGGUAUCUCCAUGUAA